AUGAAUGGUGAUCAAGAACUACAAGUCAUCGUUCAGCAGGGAAAAGAACCAAACCAAACAGUUCAAGAAGAAAGAAACCAAACAGGAGUAACUCACUCAAACACAUACAAACGGUGGCUCCGGGUUGCGUUCUAUACAUUCUUUGUCAUCUCAGGCCAAUCAGUUGCUACAAUUCUUGGCAGAAUAUACUAUGACAACGGAGGAAACAGCAAAUGGCUAGCAACGGUUGUUCAACUUGUAGGCUUUCCUGUUCUGCUUCCAUAUUAUCUCUUGUCAAUCAAAACACAUACAACAACAACAACAACUCAUAGAGAUGUCCAAGCAGCUUCACUUAUGAACCGUGCAGCGGUUUAUGUAGUGCUUGGAGUUCUUGUAGGUGCAGACUGCUACCUAUACUCCAUUGGACUGCUUCACCUACCUGUUUCAACCUAUUCAUUGAUCUGUGCAUCUCAAUUAGCCUUCAACGCUUUCUUCUCUUAUUUCCUCAACUCACAGAAGCUCACUCCCAUCAUUCUGAAUUCUCUUUUGCUCCUAACUAUAUCUUCCACCCUCCUUGCCUUCAACAACGAGGAUUCAAACUCUCAGAAAGUUACAAAAGCACAGUACGUCACAAGCUUCUUAUGCACUAUUGGUGCUUCUGCUGGGUUUGGUCUAGUCUUAUCCCUACAACAGCUAGCCUUCCGUAAAGUCCUAAAGAGGCAAACGUUCACAGAAGUGAUGGAUAUGAUCAUCUACGUGAGUCUAGUGGCAAGUUGUGUUAGCGUGGUGGGGCUUUUCGCUAGCAGCGAGUGGAAAACUCUGAGCAGUGAGAUGGACAACUAUAAGCUUGGGAAGGUUUCUUACGUUAUGAACCUAGUGUGGACAGCUAUUACCUGGCAGGUGUUCAACAUCGGCGGCACGGGGCUGAUCUUCGAGCUUUCCUCUCUGUUCUCAAAUGCGAUAAGCGUCUUGGGGCUGCCUGUGGUUCCUAUCAUGGCUGUCAUCAUUUUUCAUGAUAAAAUGAAUGGGUUGAAGGUGAUUUCUAUGAUCUUGGCUAUUUGGGGUUUCAUGUCCUAUGUCUACCAACACUAUCUUGAUGACAAAAACUUGAAGAGAAGUGUUGGAAUCCAAAGAGUAGAAUCCUCUGACACAACAGAAGCAGAAGGACCAAAUGGGCAAAAGAUAGAGACUUCAGCGAGCUGA